AAUUCACACAAAAAAAAACAACAUGUUUUACAAGUAUGGUCAUAGACUAAAAACAGAGCUUUACAAGGACAUAGCAUUUGCUGCGGAAUAUAAUUUAAUUCUCGAAAUAUGAAAGUUGCUAUGGAACUGUGUCGUAGUUCUCACCCAUUAUUACAAGUAAACGAAGGGACUCGUCAUUUUCAGGGUAUUAUCUAAACUUUCAAACAUUAUUGACAUUUUACCAUCGACUAUGUAGGUUUAGGGACCACUUAUUAGUUUGAUGGAUUCAACAUUAGAAAAAUCGCAGAGAAACUUCACUUAUCUGUUCGAACGGGUUAGAAACAGAUACAUGCGUAAUUACUAACACAAAGAUCACAGCUAUAAUCUCGUAAGGCAAAAUGAAGCAGAGGAGUUUCUUAUCAAUCCUCUGUUUUAUUCUUCUAGCCUUUGGUGUUGCUUCUGUUUCAGCACAAACAUGCAUAGAGAACCGUAAAUAUUUCACACCCAACGGUACAUACGAUUCAAAUCGUCGUCUUAUCCUCUCUUCUCUUCCUAACAAUACCGCCUCUCAAGAUGGUUUCUACUACGGUUCGAUUGGAGAAGAGCAAGAUCGAGUCUACGCAUUAGGGAUGUGCAUCCCAAGAUCAACUCCAAGUGACUGUUUUAAUUGUAUAAAGGGUGCGGCAGGCUGGUUGAUACAGGACUGUGUUAACCAGACAGACGCGUAUUAUUGGGCACUUGAUCCAACGCUGUGCCUUGUCCGCUACUCCAACAUUUCUUUCUCAGGAUCUGCAGCUUUUUGGGAGAUUGAGCCUCAGUAUUUGGUCUUGAACACUGCAACUAUCGCCUCAGAUCUAACGGAUUUCAAGAACAUAUGGGAAGACUUAACAUCUCGUACGAUUACUGCAGCCUCCGCAGCAAGAAGCACACCAUCGUCCAGUGAUAACCAUUACAGAGUUGAUUUUGCGAACUUGACAAAAUUCCAGAAUAUCUACGCAUUGAUGCAAUGCACGCCAGAUAUUUCUUCUGACGAAUGUAACAACUGUCUCCAACGAGGCGUACUUGAGUACCAGUCAUGCUGUGGAAAUAAUACUGGAGGCUAUGUUAUGCGGCCAAUCUGCUUUUUCCGGUGGCAGCUUUUUACAUUCUCUAAGGCUUUUCAUAACAUUACCUUGGCUACUCCUCCGAAACCUCCAAUGAAUGUACCGCGACCACCUUCUGUAGGUCACGGGGCGAACACUACAGAUAAUGAUAGCAGGGGAGUCUCAGCUGGAAUUGUAGUGGUGAUUACCGUUCCAGCAGUUGUCAUCGUCUUGAUACUAGUUGUUCUAGGAUUUUUUAUUUGCUGGAGGAGAAAGUCUUUGCAAAGAACUGAAUUUGAAUCUGAUAGUGAUGUUUCUACUACAAAUUCAUUGCAAUACGAGUUUAAGACAAUUGAAGCUGCAACGAAUAAGUUUUCGAAGAGCAAUAAGCUCGGCGAAGGUCGAUUUGGGGAAGUUUACAAGGGUAAGUUUUCAAAUGGAACUGAAGUUGCCGUGAAGAGGCUCUCGAAAGUAUCAGGACAAGACACAAAAAAGUUCAGGAACGAGGCUGUUCUUGUAUCAAAAAUUCAGCAUAGGAAUCUGGCUAGGCUUCUUGGGUUCUGUUUGCAAGGAGAUGGAAAGUUUUUGAUCUAUGAGUUUGUUCUCAACAAAAGCCUUGACUAUUUUCUAUUCGAUCCUGAAAAGCAAGGUGAGCUAGACUGGACUCGGCGAUACAAGAUCAUUGGAGGGAUUGCUCAAGGGAUACUACAUCUUCAUCAAGAUCCACAGCUCACAAUCAUAUAUCGUGACUUCAAAGCCAGCAACAUUCUCUUAGAUGCCGAUAUGAACCCAAAAAUUUCAGAUUUUGGAAUGGCCACAGUUUUUGGAAUGGAGGAAAGUCGAGGCAAUACGAACUGGAUAGCUGAAACCUUCGUUUACAUGUCUCCCGAGUAUGCGGUGCAUGGCAAAUUCUCCAUGAAAUCUGACGUCUACAGCUUUGGAAUCUUGAUUCUUGAAAUUAUUAGCGGCAAGAAGAAUAGCAGCCUCUACCAGAACGAUGAAACUACUACUGCUGGCAACUUGGUUACCUAUGCUUGGAGGCUUUGGAGAAACGGCUCGCAACUAAAGCUGCUGGAUUCGUCCAUAGGAAGGAACUAUCAGAGUAAUGAAGUCACUAGAUGCAUCCAUAUUGCUCUUUUAUGUGUUCAAGAGAAUCCAGAAGACCGUCCAAAGUUGUCAACCAUUGUCUCAAUGCUUACCAGUAACACAAUCAGUGUGCCAGCGCCUGGCAUACCGGGAUUUUUCCCCCAAAGCAGGCGUGAACUGGACCCAUUAUCUGAGGGAUUAGAGUCGGGUUAAUAUAUGAACGAGCAGGUUUUUCCUCAUCAUGUCUGAAAAUAAAAUAAAAACAAAAAAAAUAGCCAGACAUCAUUUGAUUCUCCACAAAUAAGGAACAUAGUAAGUUUCUCUGAAAUUUUAGGCUGUAAACUAUACAUUAUAUUCAGUUCAGUAAGAAAAUAAGUUUCGGUGAUACAAACAUUGUAGUUGUAAAGAAGAGAAUCAGUUUUGUUAAUCUGUGACGUAUACUUCAGGGUUCUACAA